UCCAGGACUGAUGCAGUUGUAACAUCACCCGUGUGUGCGGCUCUGCGUCUCCAUCUUCCCAACAGCUUUAAGUUAACACUACUUAAAGAUUGUCUUUUAAACACUGAAUGCAAGUUUGGAUAAAGGAACCCAUUGUAGUAGGGAUUUUACAGAGCGUGAGUUGAAGUGAACUGUUUUUUGGAGUACACAGACAGAAUAACUCCAGCAUCAGGAUGCGAGCGAUAAACUUGGACACGUACAGCCUGUCUCUGCUGACUGCUAAAGAAGACAUCCUGAAUCCCCGAGCAUCCACCAACUGGGCAUUGUUUGCAUAUGAUGGAUUGACCAACAAUCUUAAACUGUCUGAUUCAGGAGCUGGAGGUUUGACAGAACUGGUCGGGAAAUUUCACAGCAGCAGGGCCACGUAUGGCCUCUGCAGGCUGGGAUUGACAGAAACAGGACAACCACAGAUUGUCAUGGUCUGCUGGGUUGGUGAGGAAGUGGAUGAAAUCCGCAGAGAAGAAUGUGCCAGUCAUGUCCCUGCCAUCAAGACCUUCUUCAAGGAGGCCCAAGCAUUUAUUACAGCCUCAAACCAAGAUGAGGUGACAGAGGAGAAGAUUAGAUCUGCCAUUGAAAAGAUUCGACCACCAUUGGAGAGAUCGAGGAGACCUUCAAAGGCACUGGAUAAUGAGGAGACUGUGGGUACAAACUACAAGAAGACAAACGCUGCAGUGGAGAUAAAACGGAUUAACAGAGACUCCUUCUGGGCACGAGCAGAGCGUGAGGAGGAGGAGAGAAAGGAAGAAGAGCGUCGGAGGGUUGUAGAAAACAGACGCCGCUGGGAGAGAGAAAGAAUUCUGCAGGAGAAAAAAGAGGCUGAAGAGAGAGACAGAAAGAUGGAGGAAAAGUUACAGAUGAUUGAAGAACAAAGGAGAAUGCAAGCUGAGCUCGAUGAAAAAGCUAGAAAAGAAGAAAAGGCUAGAUGGGAACUGCAGCAGAGAGAACAUGAGGAAGACAUGAGGGCGCGCCUUAGACGCAGCGAGUCCAUCGAGAAAGCAGCUGAGGCAGCAGUACUUGUUUCCCAGCGCUCUAUCAAUCCCAGGGAGUUCUUUAGACAGUUAUCAGCAUCCUCACAAAAUUCCUCCAGCCCUGCAUCACCACGCUCAGCAAAAUCUCCAUUUCGCCGCUACCAGCGCAGUUUGACAGACACAGCCUUCAUCUUUGAGAGGGCCAAUUCCACUUCUGGUCCCACUUCUCCUCAUAGUCCCACCGUAAGGUCUCCGUUCUCUCGUAGCCCAACGGCAUCCUACAAGCGUCCUACAUCUCCACUCAGUCCCCCUUACCGUACAAUCCCGUCACCACAGCAGCCUCAAAUACCUGCAAUAUCUCCUCCUCCAACACCACCACCUGCUCAACAGUCUGAACCACCUGUGUCACCUCUUCCCGUCUCCAGACGCUCUCCAGCUCAGUCAUCACCACCUAGCCAAACCCCAGUCCGUGAAUCAGCUUCCCCUGCAUCUCCAAAGCCGCUGGAGAGUCAAGAUGAGCAAUUCAUUUGUGUUCUUACCCGAGAGGAACUGCCUAGUGCACCAGUAACUGUCUCUCCAAUGCUGCAUAAACUGGAGCCAGAAAUUGACUUUAUUGCCAAGGCUGUGCUGGUUGAAGAAGAUGAAGAAGAAGAAGAAGAGGAAGUAGAGGAACCCGAAGAACCUUCAGCCAUGUCAUAUGCACCUUCAGAUACAAAGAUUCUUACAAACUAUGAAAAUGUCCUGGCUGAAGUUGAGGAGCAGGAAUCUCAGGAUGAACCAGGAUCUGAAGAGCAGCCUGCUGCAGAAUCUGAGGAACCAUAUGAGGAACAGUCAGAACCUGAAGUGUCCAGAACUGUGACACCAACCUUAGUAGAGGUCUCUGAAGAAAAUUCUGAAGAUGACCUACCGGAGACACAAGAGCCAUGUGUAAAGGUGGCAGAACAUCAUCUGAUCCUGGAAGAAGAUGAAUCAAAAUGUGAAAGAGCACAGAAUGGUACAGGAGAUGAGGAUAUUGAUGAGGAUGUUGAGGAUGCUGCAAACAGCCCACCUGAGAAGAUUUGUUACUCAGUUAAUCGUGAGACAGAUCAAGAUGAACCCCAAACAGAGGUGGUGACUGAGAACAGAGAAUCAUCACCAGAAAGACUUCUCCGUGUAAGAGCCUUAUAUGACUACCAAGCAGAGGAUGACACAGAACUCUCUUUUGAACCGGGUGACAUCAUUAGUGAUGUGGAACCAAUUGACAAAGCUUGGUGGAGGGGAUCCAACCAAGAUGGACACCAGGGACUUUUUCCUGCUAACUAUGUAGAGACCAUCUAGAGACUUAUUUUAAUCUUUUAAGACGGUUCAUCACUCCCUUAUUUUUUUCACUGAUUCUCAGGGACUCAAACUCACAACCCAGUCUAUGAGGAUGCGCAAAUCACUCUUAACAUUUUAACAUCAAAU